AUGGGGCAAAGCAAUGGAAUAUCUGUCAAGAAGAUUGGCAUGAUUGGCGUUGGAAAUAUGGGAGGCAUGAUGAGCCUCCUCUUUGCCGAACAUGGAGUUGAAGUGCACUUCUAUGAUCCAUCAGAGGAAAACACACACAAGUUAUUAGACCGUGCGAAAGAAGCCAAAAUCAAAGCCAAAAUUUUCCAUGAAAAAGACUACAAGGCCUUGUGUCGAUGCCUAGAUGUGCCGAAGAUCUUCGUCUUCAGUCUUCCUCAUGGUGAUAUAGGGGAUAAGACGGUUGAAGGUUUGCGGCCUUCUUUAGAACCAGGCGACAUCAUCAUGGAUGCAUCGAACGAGCACUGGUUAAACACCGAGAGGCGGCAGGGUCUGCUCGAACCGAGCGGAAUUCACUAUAUCGGCAUGGGCGUUUCUGGUGGUUAUCAGUCAGCGCGACACGGCCCGUCUAUUUCGCCUGGCGGCAGUAAGGAAGCGCUGAGCAAGAUCAUGCCAUUCCUCCAAAAAGUUGCCGCAAAGGACAAACACGGGCGGCCGUGUACCAUCAGUGUAGGCCCCGGUGGAAGUGGUCACUAUGUUAAAAUGGUGCACAAUGGUAUUGAGCAAGCCAUGAUGUCCACACUCUGCGAAAUCUGGACGAUUAUGCACAAAAACCUCAACAUGUCUUUUGAGGAGAUUGCCUCCGUGUGGGCGUCGUGGAACAAAUCUGGGUCCCUUCGUGACAAUUUCUUGAUAUCCAUUGGCGUUGACAUCUGCUGUACCAAGGAUCCCAACGACGCAUCUAAAUUUCUCCUUGCCAAUAUCCGGGACAAAGUCGUACAGGACACUGAUGAGACUGAAGGCACAGGAACUUGGACAUGCCAAGAAGCUUUUAGCCUUCACGUUUCUGCUCCGACCAUCGCUGCCGCCCAUCUGUUCCGCCUGCAGUCGGCCGAUGCCGCACGGCGUCUUAAUGUGUUCAAAUCCCUCCCCAAAGACUUUCAAAUCCAUCCUCUUGAGAUCACGAGCGUUUCACGUCACCAGCUUGUCGCCGACCUGCAUAAUGCGGCAUACUUUUCGUUCCUAGCGGCCUUCAUUCAGGGGCUGCACGUCAUCCUCCGAGCCUCGCAAAAAUAUUCAUGGCAAAUCGAUUUUGCAUCUCUUAUGCAACUUUGGCGUGGCGGUUGUAUUAUUCAAUCCGACGGCAUUACAGAACUGCUCGAAACGGCGUACCGUGACAACUUGCACGACACCAAAGACCUACUCGAGCAUCCCCUUGUUAUCGCCCAAUUAUGUAAGACAUCUGCCGCGAUCAAACGGGUGGUUCUCCAUUGUGGCGAGGCGAAUGCAUACAUCCCAUCAAUCAGCGCCUCUCUGGAAUACUUCAAAUACAGUAUAAGCACCCAGUUACCCACGCAGUUUAUGGAGGCCGAACUCGAUUAUUUUGGCGGCCAUAUGUUUGACCUCAAGAGCGAAAAUCCUGGCAAACCUGUCACAGGAAAGCAUCAUUUUGAGUGGGAGCCGGCAAGAGGCAUUUCUGAACAAAACUCUUAG